AUGUCUAGACGCGUCUACAUCGAAGCGUCGGCGACUGGGAGACCGCAAUUCGUCUCCGCCAAACGCUCCCGCUCUCAUGGCCACCGUCAUCGCCAUCAUCGCCAUGCUCACGUCAAAAAGGACUACUACAGAGUCAGCGUUGACGAGUGGAACCGCACAAAAGAGCGGGAGCGUUGCCUCGAGGACACAAACAGGAGUCUCGCCGCCCAAGUCGCCGCCUUGAAAUCAAGCUUGGCCACUUCGCAAGCUGAAGCCCACCGUCUCUGCCACGUCGUUGUCCCCCAGCUACAGAAGCAGGUCAAUCUUCUCGCUGCCGACAACGACGCUCUCCGAAAGUCCCUGGAAAACGCUUCCCACAACGAGGGAAAGCAUUGUCGCGACGAGGAAAAGCUUAAGCAUGCUGCAGAGAAGCUAGAGAAGGAAAAGAAGGAGCUCAAGGAUGAGAACUGCAGCCUCAAGGACAAGAUCAAGCAUCUCCAACGGCAAGUUGAGCAGGGCUGCGGGCGAAAAGCGUCGGACCUUUUCCGCGAGAUUGAGUACUGGCGGGAUCAAUAUAGAUACUGGAAGCGGAAAUACGAGGACAGCAAGGCGGUGCAAAAUGUUAUUAGCGACACGCUUGAUGUCAGAACGGAAAAGAUGAAAGCAUACGAGGAGAUUUUGAGACGGAGACAGAUACUCAAAGUAUGA